GCUUCAUUACUCACCUAAGCUUCCUAUUACAGCCAUACUCAUCUUUAACAUCUCUCCUGCAAUCUCUUCUUUCUCAGUUUUCUCAACACUCACUAUGGCUAGCCUCAAGCUCGUUUUCGUCUUGGCUUUUGCAUUGUUGGUGGUUGCACCAGUGGCUCUUUCCCUUAACUGCGGUCAGGUUACGUCCAACCUGGGCCCAUGCCUCAACUACCUGAAGACUACUGGUACCGGUGCUCCACCUCCCAGCUGCUGCAAUGGAGUUAAGACCCUAAACAACGAAGCCACCACCACAAAAGACCGCCAAGAUGCUUGCCGAUGCCUGCAAAACACCGCUAAGAGUCUCCCUGGAUUGAACGCUAACACUGCCGCUGGCCUCCCUUCCAAAUGCGGAGUUAACAUUCCCUACAAGAUCAGCACCUCCACCAACUGCGCUAGCAUCAAGUGAAGUGUAUGGACUGGUGAUUUUCGGCACGAAGUUAUUAUAGUGUGAGAAGAAUAAUAAGGAAGGAUGUUUUGUAUCCGGAUGGUUCUCCCUUAUCUGAGAUCUGUCUCAUUUCCUAGUCCUAGUUUGUGUCUUUAGAUUUUAUGUCGUCCAUGCGAGUCGGUGUAAUAAAGUCUAUUCAAAUAAUAUAAGUUAUUUUAUAUGUUUUUAAAUA